GCUUUCAACACCUCUGCUGGAAAUCCGUACUCAUAUCAAAUCAUUCUUUGAAGCCAAGAGAUUAUAAAAUCCAACAACAUAGAUAUCUCCUUCCCACUGCAGGAUUCUGAAAGGCACAAUGGAACGAACUAAUCCCUUCGAUGGUUUACCAAUUUCCCCCUUCGCCAAGAAUUGGUCUCCAUUUUAUGUCAAAUUUCCAAGCGAGCAAUAUCCAAUAAAAUAUGACGUCGAGAACGAACGUGUGAGUACUAAAAACACGUUUUUCAACGACCUGGGCUUGCACCGUACCCCUGAUCUAGCUCUUAGACUCGAUGGUUGUUUUCGAAUUCCUUUACAGUUGAUCCUACGAUGGUUGCAAGAAGACCAUAUGGAUGUGAUAUUGAGCGAGCUUCAGAAGAGGGAGCACCAACCCUUGUUUGACAAUACCUCGGGUGAAAAUGCUUGGACGAACACCGUCAUACACUUGUGUAUACUUUGUGAGAAUUGGGACUUUCCCCUUGCUUUUAACGCAGCAAUGAAUCACCUAUUACAUCUACGAGACUUUUCAUUUAUGGCCCCGAAGCAAAUCGAGGCCAUUUACAGGAUUACCCACGCUGGAUCGAUUUUGCGUGGAUUGAUCGUGGAUAUUAUCUCGAGCACAACGCCUCAAGAUACAAUGAGACGUUUAGGGUCACUCGAAAGCUCACUUCCAGACGAAAAGUUCGAGGAGCUUUUGGAUGAUUUGAGGACACGCGAAGUUCCCGAACACUCGUUGUUUGAUUCUGCUGGCAAUCUUAUAAUUGGUCGGUUAGUGGAAUAUCAUAUGAAGUUAUAGGAGAAUACAAAGCGUCCAUCGUUUUUUCCGGUGCUUUUACGGCUUGUUUUGCGAAUGCAGCGUGAGUUCUGAAAUGGAGGGAUGGUCUAUUUUUUUUCGAGACAUGUUGAAUCUGUGAAGAUGGAAAGUAGUAAUAGCUGGUACAGAUAGCAUGCGUGUAGCUAAAGCA